AUGUGCCGGCCGACGCCGACGUUCCGGGAGACGGCGCUGCGCGGGAACGCUUUGGCGUGCGAGUCGCGCGCCAGCGGCGCGAGGCUCGCCGUCCCGAGCUGCGGCAACCAAGCCUCGGACAAUGCGGCCUCGGCUGACAUGUUCGCGUCGCGGAGCAUGGGGCUGGGCAGAGUGCGGUUGAAGACCCUGGACGCAAAGGCGCUCGGCAGGUCGGGGUCCUUCAAGGGCGCGCCGGCGAGGUCGCCUACCGCCGACCGCAUGCUGACAAGCGACAGCGACGUCAUCCUCGUGCGGCCCCCGGACGAGACGGACGGCGAGAG